AUGGAAAAUACUACUACUACUACUACUACUACUACUACUACUACUACUACUACUACUACUACUACUACUACUACUACUACUACUACUACUACUACUACUACUACUACUACUACUACUACUACUACUACUACUACUACUACUACUACUACUACUACUACUACUACUACUACUACUACUACUACUACUACUACUACUACUACUACUACUACUACUACUACUACUACUACUACUACUACUACUACUACUACUACUACUACUACUACUACUACUACUACUACUACUACUACUACUACUACUACUACUACUACCAAUCAAGUGAGGCGAUGA